AUGCAUGCCAGGCGAUCCACCACUCAACCCGAGCCAUUCAGACAUGUCGAUGUGUGUCGAAAACAGUCAAGUGCAAGCCUUGGGAGCCUCAAAUUUGGCAAACUUCGUGUUGAUUGUUGCUGGCUGAAAUCCAAGACACAGUGGGGUAAGCUCCGUGGGCAGGAUACAGGGCUGAUAUAUUUGAAUCUCACAUUCCAUCAACCCGCCGAUUGUAAGCUCUCACAAGCCACCAUUACCAUCAACUUCCAUGAGGUAGAGUACUUUUCCGGUAGGAAUCCCAAAUCAGAUCUCGAAAUCACUGAAUUCUUUGGGCCACAAAUCCUCACUGGAGAGAAACGAGAGCGCCAAGUGUCUGAGACCCUCGAAGCCAUCCCCAGAGUGGGGGCCGCCAAUGUAAAUGUUGAAGGCAUUGGUGUCUCACGAAAGUCCCAGGUCACUUACGCAUCACGGUGGAAAUUCACAGGGUCGCGAUUUACCGAUAACUCUUUAGACGACUCAUAUGUUGCAAGUAGUCGAUAUCGACAGCUCAUCUGGCACCUGGAAGAGAACGAUUUGGACCGUCAGGCUGUCCACCACUCAAUCGUGCACACCGCGCUUGCCUUUCACCACGAUACCUUUCCAUUCUAUAUCGUCCUGCAGAUCGAGGUCAAGAUGCAGCGACGGCAUCACCGAGCCUUACAACACCUUGUUUGUCCGCCGCGGGGCAGAAAUGCGCCUUUCCGAACUACGAUUGAGCCCGUCGGCUCCAAAACAGACGAUCCAAAAUUUGCCAGGUUAGUUAGGAAUAUAGACCAAGCGAUGGUGAGAAAGAAUCUACAUCCAGUGGCAGAAGUAUCAGACCCGAAGCCUGCUGCCACGUCUGAUGACUCAGAAAUCAAUCAUCCUGACGAGAACUAUAGCAUCAAUGAUGGUCCAAGUGGACCCUUGCUUGGAGUCGCGCAAAGACUGUGUGGAAAUAAACCAUCAGGCAUAUCGGCGUUACGAAGGAGAAGCUCGUCCGCAUCCACAAAGUCCGUAAACAGCUCUAGUAAAACUACUCUUGUCGGAUAUGAGACGAUGAGCCAGCCUGAUGACCAGGCAGGAAUAAGACCUGCCGACUGUGAGGCUGAUGAUCUAUUAAUCGUCAAUUCUACCAAACAGACCAUCAAGGCCACUACGAUCCAUAAACAUGCAUCCAUUGUGGCACUCUCCGUGGUGCGACAUGCCUCGCAGCUUUUGGCGGCUUUAAUAGCAUGGCUAAUCUUGGGGUUGAAUGAACUGCACACAUGGCUUGCUCGAACUGGAAAGGGGCUUGAACGGGACUGA